AUGCUCGACUGGCUCUUGCAGUUGGAUCGUAACAGUGACGAACCUUACCUUAAGCUCUUCACCCGCAUCCAACUUGGUCUCAGCAAAACGACAGUAGUAGCUUCUCUGGAUCAGAACCAGAUACGACACCGACAAGAAGAUAUCGUAUCGCCAAUCGGUGAAGUGAUGAAUGAUGGCGUUGGUCGCAUGUCACUGUUUCUUGCCCGCCAAAUCAGGGACGUCCUUGGUUUGAGCGACAUCCCUUCUGCGAUCCAGGGUCGUCUGGGCUCUGCCAAAGGCGUGUGGAUUAUAGACGUGGAAGACAGCGGAAGCGACAUCUGGAUAGAGACCUGGCCCUCGCAAAGAAAGUGGGACUGCGACUUCCUUCAACAAGAACAUCGGACACUGGAGAUCAAGCCCGUUGCUGCACAGCCUCGAUCCGCCAGCCUCAACAUUCAGUUCCUUCCCAUUCUAGAAAACCGUGCCAAAAACAAGCAGGCCAUGAGGAAGUUUGUGGGAGACAGGCUCCUAGACCAGCUCAGCGACGAAAUUGAAGCCCAGAAAGAUGCAAUCAAGCAUCCGCUGCGAUUUCGGCAAUGGGUAAACGAAAACCUCGCCGCCAGGACGCAGCAUUUGGCCCACGACAGCGUGCCGUUCCUUGCUGGGCUUCCUAAGUACAAAGAGGAUCAGCUCAAUUAUUUGACCGAUGGCGGCUUCGAACCAACCGAACAGAAAUUCAUGCAAAAUAUGAUAUGGGAGCUCCGGCGCGCAAAACGUGAAAAUCUGCUGAAGAAGAUGAGCAUCGAGAUUCCAGGCUCGGCGUACUUGUACAUGGUAAUCGACUUCUGGGACAUUCUGGAAGAGAACGAGGUGCAAAUAUGCUUUUCAUCUCCGUUCCGAACCGAACGCUUCUCAGACUUCAUGCUACACGGAUGUGAGGUUCUUGUCGCACGAUCUCCGGCGCACCUUGUCAGCGAUAUACAGAAGGUCAAGGCUGUCUUCAAGCCGGAAUUGCGCGCACUAAAAGACGUCGUCGUGUUUUCAGCAAAGGGAGACGUUGCGCUUGCCGACAGGCUUUCGGGCGGCGAUUACGAUGGAGACAGGGCUUGGGUGUGUUGGGAACCAGCUAUUGUGUCUAAUUUUGAGAAUGCCACUAUGCCGACAAAACCAGACAUUUCGAAGCAUCUCAGGAAGGAUACAAUAUCGUACGGAGACCUCAGUCAUGGAAUAAUCAAGUCUGUGGCAGCUUCGGCAAUGAUCAGUCGUGGCAUUACCUUUGACAUGCAACCCAGCUUCUUGGGAAUCGCAACCAAGUUCAAGGAACAACUCUGCUACAACAUGAACGACCUGAACAAUGAGCAGGCUCUCUUGUUGAGCGCACUUCUUGGUAGCCUGGUCGACCAGUCGAAGCAAGGAAUUGAGUUUACAGAGAGGGAUUGGCAUUUAUUCCGAGGACAGAUCUUAAAUGGUUGUGCAAUCCAGAAGAUGAAUAAACCGGCUUACGAACAAGAGAAUUGGACGAGAAAAUAUGGCCCCGUCCAUAUCAUCGAUUAUCUGAAGUUUUCGAUCGCCAAACCCGCUAUCGAAGAAGAAUUGCACAAGCUCGGCCGGGACAUGAACCUAAGUCCUAGUCCUAGCCGCGGAUUGGCAACUCUCCCGUCAAACGCUGAGGCGAUUCAAACAGCUGAGUAUUGGGACGCUGAUCUGGCAGAACCAUUCAAUGGAUUUAAAAGGCUAGCAUUAACAACUCCGGUGCUCAAGAACGUCUUGAGGAAUUUGGAUGAGGACUUGGACGCCAUCAAAAUGAAUUGGACUACUGAGAUGGCCGCGGUCAAAGAUGAAGACGAGCGUCCAGAUCUCAGUUUGGACGUCUUCAAAGAUUGGUGCGCUAUUAAGCCUCGGGCAGGUAAGGAGCUCGAUUCCUGGUUUGUGGCAAACCUGAAGCCAUCAUACACGCCCGAGGAGUUCUCCACGUGGGCUUUGAUCCGAGCCAGUGCCUCAUUCAAGUGCUGGUACCGGCACAAGCCGAAGCUGCUGUGGCGUAUGGCUGGCAUACAGUUACAGUUCAUCAAGUCAAUGGCUUCGCGUGGUGAAAUUCCUGUCGCCGUGGUACCGAGUAUGUAUGCGGCUCUGAGGCCUGACAGCAAAUUCAUCAGUCGGGCCGUUGCCCGAAUGAAGGAGGGAUUGAAGUAUCCCGGGGUUGAAAUUGAUGAUGAUAUCGCAGAGGACGCGUAA